GAACCACGUUGCAGGGAUGAAGCGGGCAUCAGGGGUGCAAACAGGGACGGGUACACAGCAGCAACAGUAGCAGCAGCAGAAGAAGAAGACGAAAAGGGGGCAGGCGGGGCACGGCGGGGUGUCGGUUUGGAGGUUCAGUGCAGCUGCUAAACCCUAGCGCAGGGGCGCCGUCGGAUGUUCAUCUGGGGGGAAAGUGGUCCCCGACUGCCCGCGAAAUUGGGAGCCUCGCUCCCGCCCUGAAGCUCAGGGGAUGAUGAUCGGCGUGAGCCGUCCGAUGGGCAGGGUGACCAAUCGGUGGAUGCUUUUCGGAGCAGACCCGGUGCAACCAGAGUUGGCUUUGCAAAGUCCACUUCGAACCGUUGUCUGCAAUAUACUUUUCUUGAGCUGCUGUGUUAUCUGAGGCUGCGGUUCGACUUCCUGUUUUGCGCCCCUACGAAAGAGUCCCGUUGUUUUCUUAAACGCUCCUAGUCCGUCUUUUGUGUUUUUUACGUGUCUUGUUCGUUCUUUUCUCCUGGUACUGUGAAUAGUCGAGUCGGGAGCUAUGACGGAAGAGGGGCACAGCGUGAGCACGGAGGCGAAGGAGACGGGCAAGGUGAAAUGGUUCAACAGCAGCAAGGGGUUCGGGUUCAUCACGCCUGACAAGGGCGGAGAGGAUUUGUUCGUGCACCAGACGAGCAUCCAUGCGGAGGGGUUUCGGUCGCUUCGCGAGGGCGAGGUGGUCGAGUUUCAGGUGGAGUCAAGCGAGGACGGGAGGACGAAGGCGUUGGCUGUGACGGGCCCUGGAGGUGCGUUCGUUCAGGGUGCGAGCUACAGGCGCGACGGGUAUGGCGGCCCAGGUCGCGGCGCAGGUGAGGGAGGAGGUCGAGGCACCGUUGGAGGUGCUGGGAGAGGCAGGGGCCGUGGCGGACGUGGUGUUGGAGGUUUUGUCGGUGAGCGCAGCGGUGCUGCCGGGGGCGAGCGGACCUGCUACAACUGUGGCGAAGGUGGCCACAUUGCCCGUGAGUGUCAGAACGAGUCGACAGGAAACGCUAGACAAGGAGGUGGCGGAGGUGGAGGCAACCGCAGCUGCUACACCUGUGGAGAGGCUGGACAUUUGGCAAGGGACUGCGCUCCCGCGGCUGCCGCUUAGUUGCUUCACUAGAGAGGCAAUGGUCUUAAAUACCCUCGCAUAUCUGGAUGGGAAGUCAAGCCUUGGUUCGGUGGGGUGGCCGAUACAGGGUUUUGCGGAGCAUGCUGCGCCCGCCGGACCGUGGUGCGCUUUGGUGCCCACGGGGUCUGUGCUUUGUUUGCACCAGGCAGGAGAGUAGUGCUCUGCUUGAUUUUUUUUAAUCGCUUCCGUUAUUAAUCUUCGUGGGUGGUGUGGAAAGGGUUUAGUGUGCACUGAGUUCUGCAUGGGCUGCAGUUUGAUGUAGUAUCCAGAAGCUUUCAUGAGUUCUGUUUUUUGUGUGUUGGCGAAUGUCUCUGACAUUUGUGGGGUUGGAGACCUAGGUCCUCCAGGAGGGGAGUCGUCGGCCGGGUCCGAGGGCCCCUCCGCGAUGGAUGGUCUGCGCGGUCCACCUUUGCAGUCAAUGUGAAGGUGGAAGGGGCUGGAAUCGGUUUGCGCUCGUCGGAGGGGUGUACACCGAAGAGAAGGGUUUAAGUUGUGUCAGCGGGUCGAAGAUCAGGAUGAAGCCUUACGUUUGUUAAUUCAAACUUAAGCUUUAUUAGCUGUUUUAAAGCCCCAUUUGUUGUAAUUGGAGUUUCCAAGAAAUGAAAUCUUUGGGUUAGGACUGUUGUUUCACCACA